AUGAAGGCGGGAGAUCAAUGCAUCUUUCGGUACUAUGAGAUCCUUCCACUGGAUCUUGAGCCGGAGUACAAAAUGGGAUACAUAUGUGACAUGUGCUCCAAGGACUUUUUGAAGACGCCUUUUUUUCACUGUGCACAAAGUGGGCGCGAUUUGUGCAUGGGAUGUGGUGAGAAAUUGUUACUGAGUCCGUUUUCAUCGCUACUCAGCAAGAUAAUAGUUCCGAAUUUUAUUUGGAAAGACUCAAAGAAAGAGAUUAUCGUUGUUCUUUGUUAUCAAAUACAAUUUGAAUAUUUUGGUUGUCAUUUUUCAGAUGGUUCUAACCUUCUGAUUGCUUGUGAGGAUGGUCACCCCAGCUUUUACAUUGAACUUGGUGUUAGUGUUGAAAAGUCUAUAUAUUUGUCUAAAGUUGAAUUGUUAAAGCGGUUUCCGUGGGCCAAAAAUGCUUUGAAAAUGCGGGAAAAUGGAUGUGUUUGUUUUCAUCAAAUGACACCGACUCCCGAUCGUUCCCGCCCCUGUUUUAUCAAUUCUUUUCGUCAGGAUGGUUUGUUUAUAGAAUUUCGCUUUUCUGAUGGCUUUUCAGAGAUAUUGCAUUCUGGGGAAGGUGUUCUUCUGGUCGUCAAAGGAUCGUGUGUUAUUUCCUGCUUAGUGAUGAAUUCACCAUUGCGGUGGGGGAAAUCAUUGCCAAAGGCCGCUACCUCUGUAUUGGAGUGGUUUCAGAAUGGCGACUGA